CCUGUUCACGCGUCGCUUGUUUUCAGUGUCUGAGAGAGAGAGAGAGAGCAGUGCAGGAUGGAGAAGAUAGACUUGCCAGCCCCUGGCCCUGAUGAUCUGCCCCUGUCCCUGCUGGAGAUGGGCUGUUCAGGGAAGUUUGAGGUCCUCACACACCCCCAGGCCACAAACACACCCUUCCCACCCCAGAGCACGCUUCCUCAUGGGCUUCCUCCAUUCUGUGUGGACCUGAAGAUGGAGGUGGAGAAACGUUUCCUGCAGGAUCCUGCGUGGAUGCCCAUACACGAUACAACUGACGCCUUCCAGAAGUUUCUUAAGCUAACUAAAAGGGACAGACAAGUGGACUCGCUGCUGCACUGCUCUCUGUCUCCUCUGCACUCAGGACUGUCUGUAGUGAGAGAUCCCACCACCGGCAUGCUGCUGGAUUUCACAGAGGUGCUAAUGGAGCACACCGGCUUGUCGGCGAAGAACUCUUUAUCGAUGCAGCGGCAGCCGGGGCCGCCGUCUGAGAGCCUGAGAGGCAGCAACACCAACUACCCCUUUCUGCCAGGUGGUAUGGAGGAGCUGACGUUGGAGCAGAUUAAGAAAAAGUCUGAGCUGGAGGAGGAUAUUGACUUUGAGAAUGACUUACUGACGGUGCCUCCGGGGCUAAAAGCCGGCAUGAACUUCAGUAAUAAAGAUGCCAAAACUACCAAAGGAGACGUGAACCUGCUGUCUUUGUUGUCUACGUUUGAUGAUGUGAUUGAAUCCGUGCCUGAGGAGAAAGAGAGAGGCUCAGGAGGUGCAGAGGAGGCCAAACUGCAUAGAACUAACAGCCUUGAGGAUCUGGGCAUUAAGGACACACUGCCGUCUCCUGCUCCUGCUCCUACUCCUGCUGGAGCUUCAUCUCCCAGCAAGAAGGUUGGAGGGACACUAAAUAGCAGGACAGAGGAGAAGGAAAGGAAGUGGGCUGUGCAUGUGGACAUCUCCUCACCGUGUGAGGAUUUCUACAAACGGAUCCCCGAUCCUGCUUUUAAGUAUCCAUUUGAGCUGGACGUGUUUCAGAAGCAGGCGAUUCUCAGACUCGAGGCUCACGACUCUGUCUUUGUGGCAGCUCACACCUCUGCAGGAAAAACCGUGGUGGCGGAGUACGCCAUCGCGCUCUCGCAAAAACACAUGACCAGAACCAUCUACACGUCCCCCAUUAAAGCUUUGUCCAAUCAGAAGUUCCGUGACUUUAAGAACACAUUCGGCGACGUCGGGCUUUUGACUGGAGAUGUUCAGAUCAACCCCGAGGGCUCCUGUCUCAUCAUGACCACUGAAAUAUUGAGGUCGAUGCUGUAUAACGGAUCGGAGGUCAUUCGGGACCUGGAGUGGGUUAUAUUCGACGAGGUUCAUUACAUCAACGACGCAGAGCGAGGUGUUGUGUGGGAGGAAGUGCUCAUCAUGCUGCCUGAACAUGUUAGCAUUAUUUUGCUCAGUGCCACGGUGCCCAAUGCGGUGGAGUUCAGCGAGUGGAUCGGGCGUAUCAAGAAGAGGCCGAUCUACGUGAUCAGUACAGUGAAGAGGCCUGUGCCACUGGAGCAUUACCUCUACACAGGAAACAGCACCAAGACUCAGAAAGAGCUCUUCCUCCUACUAGAUGCUACAGGAAGUUUCCUCACCAAAGGGUAUUACGCAGCAGUGGAAGCCAAGAAGGAGCGCACCAGCAAACACGCCCAGUCUUUUGGCACGAAGAAGGUGUCACAGAGCACCACACCAAAUCAGGACCGCGCCGUGUGGCAGACCCUGCUCCAUUUCCUGUCAGAGAGGCAGCAGACUCCGGUAGUGGCAUUCACCUUUUCGCGCACACGCUGUGAUGAUAAUGCUCGCUCUCUCACCUCUCUGGACCUGACCAGCUCGGUGGAAAAGAACGAAAUCCACUCCUUUUUCCAUAAGAGUCUGAGCAGGCUGAGAGGAGGAGACCGACAGCUCCCUCAGAUCCUGCUAAUGAGGGACUUGCUGAAGAGAGGCGUCGCCGUGCACCACAGCGGCAUUCUGCCCAUCCUGAAGGAGGUCAUCGAAAUGCUGUUCUCCAAAGGCCUUGUGAAGGUCCUUUUCGCCACCGAGACUUUUGCAAUGGGCGUAAACAUGCCGGCUAGGACCGUUGUGUUCGACAGCAUCCGCAAACACGACGGAACUGGAUUCAGAAACCUUCAUCCUGGUGAGUACAUCCAGAUGGCGGGGAGAGCAGGCAGACGAGGGCUGGAUGCUACAGGCACGGUCAUCAUCCUGUGCAAGACUGGAGUUCACGAAAUGGCAGACCUGCACACCAUGAUGCUGGGCAAGCCGACGUUGCUGCAGUCCCAGUUCAGGCUGACUUACACCAUGAUCCUCAACCUGCUGCGAGUCGAGGCUCUCAGAGUCACCGACAUGAUGCGCAGAAGUUUCUCAGAGAGCCACAGAGACACACAGGCCAAUGAGAGAAGGAUAGCAGAGUUGAAACGUGAGCUUUCCUCUCUCCCGCCUCUUGACACAGAGGGUCAGUUAUCUGAUCUCCUCUCCUAUUACCACACUUUGACAGAGCUACGUAUUACAACUGAAGCCCUGCAGCGAGCAGUGAUGGAGUCAAUGAACGGAAUGAAGGCCUUGUCAGUGGGACGGGUUAUCGUAGUCAACAACGCUCAGCAUUUCAACGCCCUGGCUGUCCUCUUACAGGUGUCCACCGACUCUGUAAAUCGGACCUUCACUGCCCUCAUCAUUUGUGAGAAAGGGAACGAAGAAGCAGCAGGACCUGGUCCGGAGAACCGGGCGUUCACGCAUCUUCACAACACCAGCCUUUUCAUUCCAGAGGGUCCGUGCAGUCACACAGUACAGAAACUGAAACCUCAGGACAUCUCCUCCAUCACGGUUAAGACUCUGAAGGUCAUUCCGGAGAGGAUUAUCGAUAACUAUAACAAGAGGCAGCAGCCUCGCUUCAGAAUGGACCCGCCUGGUCAAGCGAUUUCGACCGCAACUCAGGAGCUCCUGCGAUUGGCCGAGGCCAACCCGGGCGGCGUCGCGACCCUCGACCCUGUGAACGACCUCCACCUGAAGGGUGUGGACGUCGUGGAGGACGUGAUGAGGCAGAGGGUCCUUCAGGAGAGCCUCAAAGACUUCCACUGCACCCACUCACCCACUUUUACAGAGCAGUUCGCACGUGUUCAGGAGCGAAUGAAACUGCAGGAGGAGCUGGAUAAACUGCUGUUCUUGAUCUCGGAUCAGUCACUCACUCUGCUGCCAGAGUACCACCAGAGGAUUAAGGUCCUGGAGGCUCUGAACUACAUCGACGGGAGCGGAGCGGUGCAGCUGAAGGGUCGAGUGGCGUGUCAGAUCAGCAGUCAUGAGCUCCUGCUCACGGAGUUGCUGUUCGAGAACACGCUGAGCCCUCUGGCCCCGGAGGAGAGCGCCGCCCUGCUGUCAUGCCUCGUCUUCACGCAGAACACUCAGAUUGAGCCGCACAUCCCCAACACUAUCCAGGAGGCGAUCGACCGGGUGCUGUGCGUGGCUCAGCGGAUCGGGGAGUUCCAGCGCGACUGCGGCCUCGCCCAGACCGCCGAAGACUUCGUGUCCCAGUUUAAGUUUGGCCUGACUGAGGUGGUGUACUGCUGGGCCAGAGGAAUGCCCUUUGCGGAGAUCGCCCAGCUGACAGAUGUGCAGGAGGGGACGGUGGUGCGCUGCAUCCAGAGACUGGACGAGGUCCUGAAGGAGGUCAGACAAGCAGCCCGAAUCGUAGGAGAUUCAGUUUUGGGCAGCAAGAUGGAAAGAGCAUCACUGGCUAUUCGCAGAGACAUCGUGUUCACGGCAUCCCUUUACACGCACUGAGAGAGAGCGAGAGAGAGUGUGUGCACUUCAGGAUGGCUGAGAGUGUCUAUGUGUGUGUGUCAGUGUGUAUAAAUGGACAAGUAAACAUAAAGUGCCAAUUAACGACUGCAUGAAUGGGCUAACAUUCUAAUUAAUCAAUGUAUAACAGCGGAAACACCGAGGAUCAGCAUGAGCAUGCUCUGUGGAAGGAGAAAUGGACGGUUUCCAUCAGUAAUGAUUAAAGGUGGCACCACAGAGCGCUGAAGAAGACUGAAGAUGCUAUGAUUACAGCGUCGAAGUGGGUCCAAAUGUUUACAUUUCGCACGUGUGAGUGACAGAGAAUGCUUGCUUUCGCUGUUAAGAAAGCAGGAAAUGUCUGAUGAAAUGGAAAUCAAAGACAAAACCAAUCAUGGGCUGUAAUUUAUUGUACAGGAAUAAAAUCCACUGUACCUAAAUUAAAAUGAGCGUUCAAUCUACA